UCAGCGGGAGAUCACGCGUGGUUAGUUGAAAUAGAAAACGUGAUUACCAUGGAUGUUGUCAACGCAAUUCUCCAGGAAGACAACGAGGACAAGAGUCGCUCGACUAAAGUGGAUAAAUUAAUUGAUCUCGACAUCGACGAGGGAACACUUCUGGCAUCGGAUUACAAUGCGUUUGACAAUGAGCAGCUGAGAUCGAAUAAAGAAGAGUUCUUGAAGGCCCUGACAAGGGACAAUGCUCAGCUGCUCCUGAACAAAAUCUGGGCGCUUCCCACGGAGAGGGUGGACGAAGUCAUUAUUGCAAAACUCCCAAAGCCCACGUACAUUGUUCCGAGGGCGAGGGUAGUGCCAAAACCAAAGGCACUGACGAAGUGGCAACAGUUUGCCAAGGAGAAAGGGAUCAGGUCAAAGAAGAAAGGAAACUCCAAACUCAAAUGGGACGAGGAACUCAACAAAUGGAUUCCAACAUUUGGAUACAAACGAGCAGCAGCUCAGGAGCAAAAAGACUGGCUGGUGGAGGUUGGACCUGACAAUACGCCAAAAGCAGACCCCAGAGAGACUGCCAGCAACGCCAAGCAGGAGAGAAUGGCUAAAAACGAGCUCCAGAGGCUCAGGAAUCUCGCCAAGGCCAAGAAUGUUAAAAUCCCGAGGGUUGGACUCCCAACCAAUGAGCAAUUUGCAUCUGCCAAGCAACUGGCAACAGCCACCACUGUCGCCAGGGUAUCCACAGCGUCUGUUGGAAAAUUCCAGAAUAAAUUACCGAAGGAGAAGGAUUCGAGGGAUCAAGUUGCCAAAGAAGUUCCUGGGAUGAAGAAGAAGAGGAAGGCACCACCACUGAACAUUGCUGAGGAGAAGAGACGAAACACAGAUUUAGUCAGUGAAAUUGUCAACAGAAAGAACUCCAAAGGCCUCCUGAGGGUGGAUAUUCCAUCAGUCCCUGCUGCGAUAUCGAGGGCAGAAAGGAAAUCUAAAAAGGGCAGUAAAAAAUCAGUGGGAAGCAAAAAACCGAAAGGUGGAAAGGGCAAACGUGAUCCUCACACUAAAGUUGGGGGUAGAAAACGUAGAGGAUAAACUCAUUUUUGUCAGUAUAAUUUUAUUUUUAUUGAUUAAACACUUUAUUAAUAAUAAAUUGGAGAGAUUUAUCAAAUAA